AUGGCAGAUAAUAUUGUACCCCUGAAAUAUAAUGAUAUGCGUGGAUAUAAAUUUCUACCUGACUUUCCUCGUUGUGAGAAAAUUAUACAGAUGAAUAAAGACGUUUCUGUAAAUACAUAUAAAGAUGUUUGCUCUUCUAUUGCGAGUAAAUUUAAGGGCAAUAAUAAUAAUCUAUUUAUUCAAGAAAUAUGCCCCAAAUCUCUUUCAUAUUUAUAUGAUGUGAAUGUUAAGGGUACAUAUAUCGAAUAUAGAAAAGCAGGAUGUAUAUACUUUCCAUAUUGGUUAUAUUAUUCUCUUAAAAAAAUCAAUUAUAGUGACUAUACAAAAGAUAUUUACAAUGAAAUGAUAAAGACAUAUCCCCUUAAUCUGGGUUUUCAAACAAAAUUUUGUACUGAUUAUGAAAUAAAAACAAAUGAACAAUUGGAAGAUCUUAUAUUUUUAUAUAAUACAUAUAAAUGCAUUAAAGGUAUAAAAACACAUAAUGUAUCUGAGAAUUACAAUGGAUAUUGCGAUAUAUUAAAAAAAAUUAUAAAUGAAAAUCAAAAACCUAUGCCGCAAGAAGUUCAUGAGAGGGCUCAAUCGCAAAAAUCAACAACUGAGGUAAAUAAUAUACAAGAAAUAACAUGUUCUUGUCGAUCCAAUAUUGUAAAUAUUAUUGCAAUUACAAUAAUUUUAACGUUACUAAUAUUGUUUUUUUUGUUAUUUUAUACUUCAUAUGGUUCAUUAUUGCGCCAAAGAAUAAAAUGGAUAAGAAAAAAGCUUGAUAAUAUUUCUAAUAUAAGGAAUACAACGAAACCAAUCGAAGUACCCACAAAUAUUUUCAACAGUAGGAUCUAUGAUAUGCUGUAUAAUCAAUCCUAA